GCGAGAUGUUCACAUCUGACUGGACACUCGAGGAACUUCAAAGGAUAGUGACGAAAGGUGCCGGUCAUUUAGGCGAGGGUCACAAACUAUGGGAUGUUAUGAGAGACUUCAUGCUGGAGUACCUGAGUGAGGCUCCUGUUGAUAAGAUACCUGAGCUUUCUGCGCGCGUAGAAGCACUUUUGCUCGAACGUCUGAAGCAACCGCAUGCCAACAACGAUGAAACUUUCCAGGCAUAUUCAUCUUUUACUACCAGCCAUAGGCCUGCAGAUGAAUAUGAAUCGCUCUUGGUGAAAGCCUCAAAAGGACGCUCUCAGGCGAUCAAAGCAUACCAGCGCAGGGAGGAGAUGGAGCACUCACUCCGACAGUCCGGUUUCUCGCUGGAAGGCUACGCAUACUAUAUCGCUUCGGAGAAGAGAGGCAAGAAGCCUGACCUCUUCAUACUCGACACCCUUUACGAGCGGGCCAUUACGGAAGCAGACAAGCGCAGGUUUGACGGUGAUAUUGGGGCUGAGAGCGCAUUGCGGGCAUUUUGGUUAGGUUAUGUGGAUAACCUGCGUCAGCACGACGAGGACGAAGAGGUACAACUCACGACUUUCAAGCGCGCAACACGGAGUGUUCCCAGCUGUGGUGAGAUUUGGGCACGAUACCUUCAAUGCUUGGAACGUAUCGGGCGUGGCGAUCAGAUAGACUCGACAUAUCACAGUGCAAUAUCGGUUAGCCUUCUCACCUCCGAUGUCGACCAGCUCGUACCUGUCGUUCAGGCGAAAGCUGGCUAUGAAAGGCGCGAGGCUGAGAGCAAGGAGGGUGCCCCUGAGGACGGCUUUGAGGCCGCUCUGGCGACUUUGCUGGAGGGCAUAGGCAGAGUUCGCACAGCGAGCAAAAGUGGAGAUCCCCAGCUUCGGCUGGAGAAAUACUUCUCUGCCUUGUGCACAGAAGUUGCCAAUAUGGCAGAACAUGCCGUUAUCAUGUGGGAAGAUGCCACAAAGUUUUACAAGACCAGCUACCUUGCUUGGAUGGCGCAUGCGGAUAUCUUGAUUAAGCAGCGAUUAUACAUCGAUGCCCGGAAAAUCUUCCGUGAUGUCGGCAACAAGAAUCUCGACUGGCCAGAAGUCAUUUGGAACGCCUGGAUACAGUUUGAACACGUCCAUGGCUCAGUAGAGGAGCUCGAAGAUUGCCUCGACCGCGUCGAGAGGGCGCGGGAAAAGGUCAAUGCAAAACGCGCCAAAGAUGCGGAGAAGGCUGCCUAUGAGGCCAUGCAAGUCGCUGCAGAGCAGCAAGCCGCAGGCGUUUCUGUCGCUGGUGUCCUGGUCCCGGAUGUCGCGCCUCAAACUCAGGCCGCGGAGGAGGCGCCCAUGGACGUUGAUAAGACGCGGCAGCAGCGCAGUGAGAAUGGGGGCAAGCGGAAGGCAGAAGACGAACUCGUGCCAGAGGAGAGCAAGAAGCGGCAUACCGAGGCAAGCCCUGCGCCUCUCAAGAGGGAUCGCGAGAACUGUACGGUAUUUGUAGCCCACCUACCAACCGAUACCACUGAAGAUGAUCUGCGUACACUCUUCAAAGAUUGUGGUCCGAUACGAGAAAUCAAGAUCACCUCCAUGCCCAACAGUCUGGUAGCUACCGUUGAGUUCAUGGAAAGGGAAAGUGUCCCUGCUGCCCUUACCAAGGACAAGAAGCGGAUACAUGGAGAAGAGAUAGCUGUGCAUCUCGCCUGGAAAUCCACCCUAUAUGUCACAAACUUUCCCGAAACCGCGGACGAUAAGUCCAUCCGGGAGCUCUUUGGCAAGUAUGGCGUGCUAUUCGACGUCCGGUGGCCUAGCAAAAAGUUUAAGAGUACUAGAAGGUUCUGUUACGUGCAAUACACAUCACCAAGCGCAGCUGAAGCUGCCCUCGAGCUUCACGAUCACGAACUCGAGCCGGAUCGUACCCUGCAAGUAUAUAUCUCAAACCCUGAGCGAAAGAAAGAGCGGACGGACGCCGAUGCGAAUGAUCGCGAGCUGUACGUCGCAGGAUUGGCGAAGUCGGUCAAGAAAGGAGACUUGGAGAAGUUGUUCAGCACGUACGGCACGGUCAAAGACAUCCGGAUGGGAUUCGACGAGAAGGGCCAAACAAAAGGUUUCGCGUUCGUGGAGUUUGAACAAGACAGAGAUGCGCUGGCUGCUCUUGCAGCUAAUAAUCACGAACUGAAGAAGCGCCGCAUAGCUGUGACGCUAGCCGACACGCGGGCCAAGAGCAGCAAACACUCGGCACCAGGGAAGAGGCGACCCGAAGAGGUCCGCAACCGGUCUAUCCGGUUACGUGGGCUGCCUGCUGGAACGCAGGAAGGUCUUCUGCAACAAAUGCUCGAUAAGCUGGUCAAAGUUCGGCGUGUCGAAGUGUAUGCUGGCCGGAACGAAGCGGUGAUCGAGUGUGAGUCUCCUGCUGAGGCUGGAAAGCUUCUGCUACACCCUGAGCCGAUUGUGUUCAACGGUAGCACGCUUCAGCUAUCUGAAGAGGGCCCUGAGACGACCGGCAGUAAACGACUAGCCGGACCAUCUGCCACUGCGGGCAGCGGGCUGUAUAUACCACGCUCAGCAGUCUCGAGACCUCGUGCGGGCCUCGGAAGCAAGAAAACGGCGAAUAUUACUGUCUCUGCUGCUGCAUCUGCCACAACUGCAGCCACUCCCGGCGCGAGCUCUGGGGCUGUGAAACCAUCGCUGGCCGCGGCAAAAGGGCAAGACGACUUCCGCAAGAUGUUGGGCGUCUAAAUAUCGUGUGAACAAUCACGAAUGGAGAACGCGGGGUAAUAGCGCGCUUGCGGACACUACUUUGAUUCUAACCACGACUGUUGUCGACGACCUCGUGUAUGCUUCACUAUAAUGGAUUCCAACGAGUUU